AGUCUACAAUGGCUACAGGUGAAGACAGCAAGGAGAUGAAUCACGUUGGACCUGGUCCGCCUGAAAAUAAAAAGUUGACUGAACGGCUCUCGGAUGAGGAGCUAUUGGACCUUAUUCCGACCUUAGAGAAUGGAGAUUUCUACCCGAUAGGUCUCAAGCUCGACUAUGAUAAUGACACCCUAAAUCAAAUCAGAGGUGACCACCCAGAUGACAUAAGCGCGGCCUUCAAGGCCCUUUUCCUCAGUUGGGAGAAUUACGUCACAGUUUCGCCCAAGGCAGCCAGAUUAAUGCUUGCUGAAGCACUCAAGUUCGUCGAGAGGAAAGAUCUAGCCGGAAGAGUUAUAGGUGAACAGCCAAAAGACGAGAAAGAACGUGUUGAAUACAUGUGCAAUAAACACAACUUCAGAGAAGCAUCCUACUACUGUAAAAAGAGUAAGGAGAAAAUAUGUGAGCGAUGUCUGGAGGAAUAUGAGACAGCCAACAUCGUCCCCGUCAAUGAUAUGCACAUCGAGAUCAAACACAAGUUAAAGAGCAGCUUCGAUCGCCUGAACCAGGCCAGAGAUCGUCUGGAGAGGAUAAGGGAACAAGGAAAGGGUGGCAUGACCGGUAUGAUCACGAAGACACAAGUAGGUAUCCAAGUCAUGCGUGAAGGUAUUUACAAAGUAUUCUCCGAAGCUCAUGACAUGAUGUCCAAGGAAAGGGAUGCACUCAUCGAGAAAGCGAACGUCUUGGAGAGGUCGGCGAGCCCAGAGGUGUAUGGGUUCGCCUUGUCGAAGCUGAAGAAGUGCGAGCUGGCCCUGAUGGAGGUGAAGGAGAAAGCACAGUAUGUCAACGACGUCACCAAAUUCGAAUCUGCGUCUCAGAAGAUUGAUGUCAUUCUAAAUGCUUGUCUUGAUAGGGGACCCCUUAUGAAUCUGAACAAGCUGGAGAUGAAAAUGGUAGCUUGUCCUUCCGUUUACCUGGGACACUUAGAGGAAGUCUCCGGAUGGGAAUUUGUGGAGCAGUUUGACCUUCCCGAAGACAAGAAGGAAGAGAUGAACGUCUGCAUCAAACUGACGGAUCGGAAAAUCGUGGUGGGAUACAGGCUAGGUGGAGCGGAUAUCAUAGAUCUAGAUACCAAGAAGACGAGCAGAAUCGCCUAUGAUGUUAGGAUCAGUAGUAUGGCUCUCAUGAGCUCGGGACACAUUAUUCUCUGUACAACAGACAAUAAGCUAGGCAUGAUCACACAGGCAGGACACAAAAUGUCUUCGUUUUUCUUCACUCAAAAGACCAACAAACCAUGCUGUGUGAGCGUUGAUGACAAGGAUACGAUAUACAUGGGUUACUCCGAGUUCAGCAACAUUGAAGUGUUUGAGACCACUGGAGGAUUCCUGAGGAACAUCGCCACCGUCCUGCAGCCAUGGUGCAUGUCCAUCAUGAAGUCGGGCCACAUCGCCGUCACCGAAUGCACCAUAGGUCUUAGAGAUGCUGUCGAGAUCAUGAGCCAGGAAGGACGUCCCGUGGGACACAUCAUCGGUCGCUUGGGAUGCUCUCCUUUCUCCUGCAUCGACGAAGCGGGCAACAUCUUCGUCGCUAUGGUAACCAAUGAUGGGAGAUGCACUCUCAGGAAGUAUUCCCCAACUGGAGACCACUUGGAGACAGUUGUCGAGGAGCUCCAGUUAGAGUGGCACGAGCAUCGUGAGUGGCUCCAACUAGCCAGUCUGUCACCUAAUGAACUUGUUCUUUGUGAUAGGGGAUCUGUUUAUGUGUACCGACGAAGACCAACACUUUCGAUGAUGACCACAAUUAUAGGAUCGGAUUGAUUACCCUUGAUGUUCAAUAAUUAUGAUGUGUAUACCAUAGCAUUUUUUUCAUAGCACGGGACAGUUAAGAAA